CAGCAGGGAUACGCUUUUCGAUAUAACACCACUUAGCGGCGCGCUCCCGUAUCCGCUGCCUUCAACUCCGGGCAAGGGGCCAAAAAACACAGAAAAGGUGGUCACCUGUUAACAAGAUGCUGUCACGGUCCCCAUGCGUGUACCGCACGCUUGGCCGUUCUCUGUCAGCGGCGAGCCAGGCUUCUAAUGUAGUAACCCGACAACAUCUAUCAAGUCACUUCCAAAGGAAAUGUCAGCCACGUCUGCAGUCAUCAUCACAUGCAAACCAUGUCAGGUUCUUCAAGAUAUCUGCUGUUCACAGGGAUGAAGUUGUCACAGUCAACACUCCCGCGUUCGCAGAAUCAGUUACAGAGGGCGAUGUGAGGUGGGAGAAAGCGGUGGGAGACUCAGUCACUGAAGAUGAAGUGGUGUGUGAAAUUGAGACCGAUAAGACGUCCGUACAAGUCCCUGCCCCGGCAGCUGGUGUACUUGAAGAACUGCUGGUUCCUGAUGGAGGGAAAGUGGAAGGAGGAACGCCACUUUUCAAACUACGGAAAGGAGCUGCUGCUGCCAAGCCUGCUCCCUCCCCAUCUCCAGCUGUAGAGGCAGCUGCUCCAGAGGCUGUAACUCCUCCACCACCUCCUCAACCAUCAACACCUCCCACUGCAGCCCCAGCUGUUUCUGCUGUCAAGUCUUCAUCUGCAGCUGCAGCACCUCCUGCUCCUUCAACAGCAGGAGUCAGAGGAGAAAACAGGGUGAAAAUGAACCGUAUGAGGUUGAGGAUCGCUCAAAGACUAAAAGAGGCUCAGAACACCUGCGCCAUGCUGACCACUUUUAACGAGGUGGACAUGAGUAACAUCCAGGAAAUGAGAAAACUCUACAAAGACGCCUUUUUAGAAAAACACAACAUCAAACUGGGUUUUAUGUCGGCUUUCAUUAAAGCUGCUGCACACGCUCUGACUGAUCAACCUGCAGUCAAUGCUGUUAUUGAUGACACAACCAAAGAGAUCAUCUACAGAGGUUAUAUAGACAUUAGUGUUGCUGUGUCAACUCCAAAGGGGCUUGUGGUACCGGUGAUAAGAAAUGUUGAGACCAUGAACUUCGCUGACAUUGAAAAAGCCAUCAACGCUCUGGGAGAAAAGGCUCGCAAAAACGAGCUCGCUGUCGAAGAUAUGGACGGAGGCACGUUCACCAUUAGCAACGGCGGCGUGUUCGGCUCCUUGUUCGGCACGCCCAUCAUCAAUCCCCCGCAGUCGGCCAUUCUGGGCAUGCAUGGCAUCUUUGACAGACCUGUGGCCGUCAGUGGCAAGGUGGAGGUUCGACCCAUGAUGUUCAUGGCGCUGACAUAUGACCAUCGGCUGGUCGACGGCAGAGAAGCCGUCGCUUUCUUGCGGAAGAUCAAAGCGGUGGUUGAGGAUCCACGAAUGCUGCUUCUGGAUAUGUGACGGUCAAACCACCACACAACUCUUUCAAGACAUUCAGCCACACAAAAUGAACUCCACAAAGCAGAGAACACACAAAACAACUUGUCCAAAUAUUAAGGAAAUCAAACACUGAGGGUGUGUUCCAACACUCGUGGCACAUAAAUUCAUGCUGUUACUUGUGGGAGUCAAUCUAAAUCAUUUAUUUAAAACAAAAAGCUACAUCCCUUUUUUAUCACUCACCACCAUGAAAAGUGAGUUAUAAUCUAUAAUUUCUUACAUUUCAGUUGGUGGGCAGGAUGUAUUCCUUCAGGGAAGCCUAGCUUUGUAUUAUUUUGCUGCACUACAACACUAAACACAUUACUGUAGGAAAAUUGACAAAAGCUUAAAUAUAUCCUGCUUACAUACAUUUUCUAUCCUUUUGCUACUUGUAUGAGCAAGAAGAAACUACAGUGUGUCAUUGUGUAUUUAUGAAACAAAACGGUGUUAGUUGCAUAAAUUUCUCCGCUACUGCUUGUUAGCGAGUGCUUCAGAGCCACCUUUUCCACAUCAGCUCCAACACCACUAUUUGCUAAUAAGGCCAAGAUUUCUUUGGUUUGUUGCUAAAGAUUGUACCCUAAGUCUGGAGGUGUGGGGGGGAGUUAGCAACUGAAAACUGUAGUUUUAUGUGGGGUUUAUGUGUGCAUACCGGUGCCAUGUCUGAUUAGUUUGGGAUUGACUCAUUAACCCAUUCACUGUUUUAAGUUUUAAAUGCCCCUUGUUGUCGUCAAACCUACAAAUUCUUAUCAAAUUGUUGGAUUUUUAUCAUGUUUUCAUUCUUCAUUAGCAAAAUCUGCACAAAGGCACAAGGUAAAGUUUUUCAUAGUACAUACAUUUUGUUUUAUUGGGCGUAAUGUUCAAAACACAGUUUUUAUGUUGAGCUUUAAUGUUGAAACAGAUUUUCAGUUUCCAGUCUUAAAUUUAAGAUACUUGUAUUUAAAGAAACGAACAUUAAACUUUUAUUUUGUAAUAUGUA